AUGUCAUUAAUUUUAAGUGAUUUGAUCAAUCAGUCAUUAGACAAAAUCAAAAAGACAAUUACAAAAAAAUAAUUUGAAUUAAAAUAACACAUAGAAGAAGCUUAGUGUAAAUAAAUUUAUUAUUAAAUAGAGGUCAAAGAUUAUUAUGAUGCAAAUCACUUAAUAAAGGUGUAUUAACUAUGUAUUGAAUCAAAAUAAGUUAAAUUGAUUGAAUUGGCUUUAUUUGAUAUCAAAGUAAGUCUCUCAAAUAUUUUAGAAUAUUGUAGAUUGGGGUUUUUUAGCAGGAGAACAAAUCAUAGGAGAAAAAAGAGCAAUUGAGAUAACUUUAGAGUUGGUUAUGUAAACUCAAUUAGAGAAAGAGGAGACUGUUUAAAUCUAUAUGAUAAAAGCAAUAUAGGCAAUAAUGACUAAUAGAAAGCAUCAUAUUUAUGGAGAAGCUGUCACAAGGAUUUUUUCACUAUUAAUAAAUCUACAUUCAGGUAAAUAACAUGAAUAGUUUGAUUAGUUUCAAAAAUAGCUGCAAUUAUGAAUGCUAGUAAAGAGGCUUGCUAGAAAAUCGUUAGUACUUAUUUUUCAAGACUUGAAGAUUAUGGGAUUUUAUCAGAAGAGGAAUAUCAAUAAGCAAUUUAAUAAUAAGGUAAUUAAGGUUUGCUAGUUUUUGGUAAAUGUAAAGCCUUAGUUAAUGCUGAAUAAUAUAUGAAAUCUUUAUUGAUAUCUAUGGUUGAUGAAGUUUAAAUAUACAGUGAAAGAAGAUUGAUAUAUGAGAAAUAAUUAGAUGAUUUAAAUAAAAUGAAGGUGAUUGAUUUAAAUUUACAUGAACCUAAUUUAAGAAAUGUAAUCAUCGAUAGAAAUUAAAUAUAAAUUAAUUUAGUAAAUGAAUUGAAUAUAAAAAAUGGAAAAUUUGGAUGGUGUGUUGUUUGCAGAAAAUAAGCAUCAUAAUAUUGUAAAGAUACAAAAGUACCAAUAUGUAGUAAAGAAUGCAAAUUAAUACAUUUAAAUCAGAUGUUUAAUUUUUCUUAAUCUCAUUAGCAUUCUACAUUUAGUGAAUAAUAUGUAAAGAAUGCAUAUGAAAUUUUAGAAAUGCUUUGUUAAUUAAGUCAAAAAGAACCUUAAAAUCCUUAAUUAGCAUAGAUGAUUAUUAAAUGUAAAGUUUUAUCUUUGGAAUUAAUCUAUGAAGCUUUGGUUUAAAGCGAUGUAAUAUUAUAGAAUAAACCAAAUUUAAUAUCAAUAUUAAAAGAUUAAUUAUUAGAAUCAUUACUUAAGAAUUCUCUUUCUACUGAGAAACAUUUAUUAAUUUUGACAUUAAAUAUUUUCAUUUAAUUGAUCUGGAAAGUAAGAAGUCAUAUGAAAAAAGAAUUAGAAGCUUUGAUUGAGAAUGUAUAUUUUAAAUUUUUGGAGAGUAGCAAUAGUUCUUUUGAUCAUAAAUAGUACACUUUAAAGGUUUUCAAUAAAAUUCUUACUCGUCCAAAAGUAGUCAUUGAAAUAUUUGUAAAUUAUGAUUGUUCAGUAGGUCAGAAUAAUUUACUUAAGAAAAUUCUUGAUAUGCAAUGUCGUAUUAUCUAAGGAAGAUUUAGUAAACAAGAAUUUUAAGCUUCUAUAUCUGUAAAUCAAGAGAUAUAUCUUAAAGCAUUAUGUUUAGAUAAUUACUGUGGAUAUGUAAGAAGUUUAAAAGAAUAUUGUGAAUAAUAUGAAGAUUCUCAAACUGUAGUUUAAGUUUAAUCAUUUGAUGAAUAGGAAGAUGCAAUUAUAUAAUAACAAUAAUUAUCAUAGGAUCCACUUGAGAAAUAGAAAUAAAUGAAAUUAGAAAUGAAUAAAGCAGUUUAAAAAUUUAAUUUUAAACCUGAACAUUGUAUAAAACAUUUAAUAGCUUGUUAAUAUAUGGAAAACAGAGAUCCUAAAUUAUUUGCUUAAUUUCUUUGGGAAAAUAGAGAUUUAAAUAAAGAUAAAUUAGGAGAAUUAUUUGGUGGUUCAAAUGAUUUUGAUUAGAAAGUGUUUUCAUUAUAUGUAGAUUUCAUGAAUUUUAAAGGAUUAUAAGUAGAUGAGGGUUUGAGAUAUAUGUUAGAAUUCUUUACAUUACCUGGAGAAUCAUAAUAAAUAGAUAGAAUAAUGGAAAAAUUUGCAUCAAAAUAUUGUAUAGAUAAUCCUGGAAUUUAUUAAUCAGCAUAAGCUGCUUAUACACUUUCAUAUUUACUUAUGAUGUUGUAAACUGAUUUACAUAAUGAGAAAAAUCUAGAUAAAAUGACUUUAGCUCAAUUUACUAAUUUAGCUAGGGGAAUCAAUGAUGGAGAAAAUCUACCUUAAGAAAUGUUAUAAGGCUUUUAUUUAAGGAUUUAAAAAACUCCUUUGGCUUUACAUGCAAAAGAAUAAGCUAGAAGAGCAUUAGAACAAGCAAAUUAAGUUGAUUAAAGAAAGAGACACGCUAUGCUAGCUAAGGAGGCAGAGGAUGCAUUAAAAAAGUGGUUUAAAGAGCAUCCAAAUUAAGAUGCAUUCUUUUAUGUUAAUUCAAUUGAACAUGUAAAAUCUUUAUUAUAAUAAACAUGGAGUGUGAUAUUUGCUUCAAUAAGUGUAUUUUUAGAAUAGACAGAAGAUCAAUAAUAAAUAUUAUUAUGUUUUGAAACAAUUCAAGCAUUUAUUUAAUUAAUGGGCAGAUUCGAUUUAGAUGAAGAGAAAGAUACAUUUAUAAGUUUUCUAUAUAGAUAUUGUACAAAUAUCCCAAGCACUUACAAAUAAAUAUUAGGAGUACAAACAUUGAUAAAAGUAAGUCUACAAUCUGGAUAAUAUUUACGUAAAAGUUGGAAGAUAGUAUUACAACUAAUAUCAAGAUUAGAAUAAUUACAUCAAGUAGUAAAGAAAAUAAAAGUUGAUUCACCUUACAAAGAGAAUUAUAAUUAAGAAGACAUAAUUAGUAUUGAAAGAUUGUUUUAAUAAAUACAAUAUGAUCAAAUUGAUAAAAUAUUUAAUAGUUCAAUUAAUUUGGAUUCUAACUCUAUUUUAGAAUUUAUAAGUGCAUUGUGUGAAUUGUCAAAAGAGGAAAUCAAAUACAAUAGAGUAUUCUUAUUGAGUAGAGUGAUUGAGGUUGCUGAUUUUAAUAUGAAUAGAAUUAAAAUUAUUUGGUCUAGAAUGUGGGAAAUAAUGAGAGAGCAUUUCCUUGAAGUGGGUUGUCUCAAAAAUGUAGAUCUUGCAAUAUUUGCAAUUGAUUAUUUAAAAUAAUUGAGUUGUAAAUUCUUGUAAUAACCUGAAUUAACAAAUUAUCAUUUCCAAAAGGAGUUUAUGUUACCUUUUGAAUAAAUAUUUAGUCACACUUAAGCUUAAUAGAUGUAAAAGAUAUAAUUGAGAGAAUAUUUAUUAUCUUGUAUGUGUAUGAUUACAAACAUUUGUUUCAAUUCGAUUAAAAGUGGUUGGAAGAUUAUAAUGAGUAUAGUUAAUCAAGCUCUAUAAGAGGAUUAAUAGUAAUUGGUUAGAUUAUGUGUUUAGAUUACAGAUAAAAUAAUGGAGGAUGUAAGCAACUAAUAAGUUUAUUCUGAGAUUUAUAUGGAACUUAUUUAAGCAUUAAUAAAAUUAAUCAAAAACAAGGAUGUAAAUAUAGUUUCAAAUUCAAUAAAAUAAUUGAAAAUAUUGGUUGAUCACAUUGUUUUGAUUAAAAGAAAUGAUAAUAAAUAUUUAGAUUAAUUAUGGAUUCCAGUUUUGUCAGCUCUCUCUGUUUUAUAUAGUGAUGAAAGAGUAGCUGUAUAAUAAUAAAGUGUUAAUACCUUAUUUGAAUUGCUCAAAAUUCAUGGGGCAUAAUAAUGCAAUGAAUUUUGGAAGAUGAUUCUGAGAGGGGUGAUAAGACCAUUAUUUGAUGAAAUAUAAUUUUCAAAGAUACAAUUUACAAAGUAAUAUUAAACAAAAUAGUAAGUAAUCUCAACUUGUAAAAUGACUUUUGAUUUAUUUACUGAUUUAGUUGUUCUUUAUAUCUAAUAAAUGUAGACUUGUUUAAAUGAUUUAAUUGAUAUAUAUAUUUAGCUAGUGUUGUAAACCUAAGAUGUAAUAUUUAUAAUUUAUUUUAAGUUUCUUUCAACAUUAUGUUUAGAUUCACUUAAAACCAUAGUUUAAAAAGGAGGACAAUCUUUUACAGAAGAAAAUUGGACUAUUGUGAUUUAAUAAAUCUAACAUCUUUUGUAACAAUGCUCUCCUAAUGAAUUAUUUGAGGCAUAUAAUUUGGAUGAAGAUUUUUAAAAGCCUUUGGAUGAAUUAUUAAAAGAGGAAAUAAGACCAAAAAAGUUUAGCUUUAAAAUUAAUGCAUAUGAAUGCACUUCAAAAUAAGCAAUUCAAUAGAAAUGCUUAGAAAUAUUAGAAGUUUAAGCUAUAUAAUUUAAUAAUUCAAUAUCCUAAUAAAAUAAAGAUUAAAUUUUAAUGAUAUUCAAUGAAAAAUAUUAAAAAUUCAAGAAAUUUAAUAUUCAUUUAUAUAUGAGAUACUUUCUUGAAUAAUGGGCUAUGUAAUGGAAUAGAGUUAAAAAUGGUCCAGAAGAAUUAGAUGAGUUUUCUGAUAAUCAGAAUAUGAAUAAUUAAUUAAGUUUUAUAAAUGAAGAAUUUAUCUCAGCAAAAGUAAUAAUUUAACUCACUUCCUAACCAUUAGAUUUUAUUGAUAUAUUGAUUUAGAGAUUCACUGAUGCAUAAAUAGGAUUAUAAUUACCUGUACAUAAACUAGAAACUUUAAAUGGAAGCUUAGAAUAAUUAAGAUAUACUGAAUCCUAAAUUAUUAUAAGUAAGUCUUAAGUUUUAUUUAUGGAAAAUGUAUUUCCAAUUUUAAAGAUGAAUUUAUAAUAGAAAAUAGUUAGUAAAUGGUUAAUUUAAUUAUUGAAAUUAGGAUUAAAUGCAUAAAAUGUAGAAAAUAGAGAGUAUAACAAAGUUUUAGUAAAUUUAUUAGAAGAAAUAAUAAAUUGUGAGAAUAAUUUAUAUUGA